UAUAUGUACCCCACUCUACCUUACUCUUUCUCCUCGAAAACCAUCUUUUCUCUCUUUCUUUCUUCCCCAGAAAGAACCAAAAAAAAAAAAAAAAAAGAAGCUAGCACAUCACCUAGUGAUAUAUGGUACUAUCCCUCACAAGGAACUCGUGUUAGGCAUGAACUCAUCUAGCAAACCUGUCUAAUCUUCUUUAGUUUAAUUUUGUGGGUUUGACAUGAAUACUGCAUCGCCAAAGAUGUUACAAUGUUCGGACAUGACAGUGCUCGAGAGACAAAAUGCUUGCUUGAAAUGGCAACAGGAACAGCUUCAGCAACAGCAACAACAAGAACAGCAAAGUUAUUUCAGUGAGUUAAGUGGGGUGUUUUCGAGCCAAGUACAAGGCUUUCAGGGUGGUUUAGUGAGCGGUGACUCGGUGUUAGGUGAUAUGGUGAUGACUCGGCAAGUGAAGCCUGACCCUGGUUUAGAGACUGCCUGGCAUGAGAUGGAGAAGGUUGACAUGGCUGCCAUGGGGUUUGGGCCAUGUGGGUACAGUAAUGGGCCGGAUUUUGAUAUGAAUUACGCCAUUUCUAGGACUUCUAGCUGCCCGACAUUCGUGGCGGCGGCCGUAGCCGCCCAGGCGGUAGAGGUUAAGGGUAAGGAGUCAAUUGUCUCUGAGAAGAUGGGUUCAACCGUUGGAAGAGGAAGCUUCAAGAAAAGGAAAGUUGAUACGUUGCAAAACUCAAAGGUUGUUGCGGAAGAUGACUCCAAGAGGAUCAAAGCCUGUGCAGAAGAGGGAGAGUCAAAAAUAACAGGGCCAAACACCAACAAAAGCAGCAGCAGCAACAACAAGAACAAGAAGGAAACUUCCACUGGUACUUCCAAGGAAAAUUCAAAGGUUUCUGAUGUUCAAAAGCCUGAUUAUAUUCACGUCCGGGCACGUCGUGGCCAAGCCACUGAUAGCCACAGCUUAGCUGAGAGAGUUAGAAGGGAAAAAAUCAGUGAAAGAAUGAAGUAUCUGCAAGAUUUAGUUCCGGGGUGUAACAAAAUCACUGGAAAAGCAGGAAUGCUUGAUGAAAUAAUCAAUUAUGUUCAAUCCCUUCAACGGCAAGUAGAGUUCCUAUCUAUGAAACUAGCUGCUGUAAAUCCAAGGCCUGACUUCAACAUUGACAAUCUUUUUGCCAAAGAUGUGUUUCCUUCUUGUGCGACUAAUUUUCCAGCUGUUGGGAUGUCAUCAGAAAUGGCAAAUAACCCUCCUUAUGUUCAGUUCAAUCCAGUUGAACAAGUGGUUUCUUCUUGUGGAUUGGAAAUGGGAAUAAACUCUCUUGAUAUGGCACUUCGAAGAACCAUCAGUGCCCCUGUAUCGAUUCCCUAUGCAUCAUUUCUUGACUCAUCCUGCUUCACUCAAAUUCAACCCUCUGCAACAUGGGAUGUUGAAUUGCAAAAUCUUUACAAUGUGGCAUUUGACCAGGAAGGAUCAAUGCCCUUUCCAUCUCAACCAUUUACAGGAACACUACUUGAAAAGCAAAACUGGGGCCCUGAGUUAAUCUAAACCUACAACUAUCAAGUGAAGAAGAAACCAUAAGACUGUUUAUUUCCAUUUGCUGUUGAAUUCUUAGAGGAUUGAACUGGCAACCCUGAAAAGUUGCAGCUCAAUUGAAGCUAGCGAUCUAAAGAUGGAGGUGUGAAUCAGAAUAUCAGUCAACGAUUUAUUGACAAUUGAGCUAAUUCCAGAUGCCUUUG